UUUGUAGUGGUGGUGACGGCCGACGAACGGUGGAAAUCGCCAUUGAAAACUUUCGCUGUGCUAAUCCUUAGCGAGGAACCGUCGUCGUCGGAAGUCGUCGGGGUUCGGAACGAUUUUUUCCGGAGAUUUCGAGCUGUUUCACGGAACCGGGUUCGAUCCGAGUGUGCGUGUGAUACGGCGGACGAGUGGGUCCUUACAAACAGGAGUUUCCAAAUUGGCCCCAUAUUGUGGGAGUUUGGAAUAGAAGGAGCCCCACUUUUGGACGGGAUUUGGCAGACAAAGUUAAGAGGAAAAAAGAAAAGUGCACAAUACACAUAGGCAAGGCUAGAGAGUCAAAAAGGAGGACUCUGCCCCUGUCAUCAUCGGCUCUCCGACGACGGUUCUACUGCUCGCGUAUACGGAGGAAUAUUGAUUUUUCAAAUAAGGUGGAGAAUUCAAGACGGUUUCGGUCCGACACACGAGAGCUUGAAGUUUCUUGGGAAAAGGAUUUAAAGUGUUUUGCAUUCCCGAUGACACCAUGAUGGAAGUGCCAGGAUUCGGUGGUGAUUAGGCGCCCAUGGCCAACUGAGGGCUGAAAAAAAACGUCUCGACUAGGGUGGCUACGGUCAAGAGAAAGAGACAAGUGCAGUCAAUAGUUUAGAAGGAAAAAGUCGCGUAACUGGUUUCAACAAAAAAAAGCAUCCGAAAAAUGAGCCGAGAGGUCCAAAAGGAGAACAGCACUCCAUCGUCGAACGAGGCGCACCAAUAUGUGGGCCCUUAUCGUCUGGAACGAACGCUGGGGAAAGGCCAAACUGGGCUGGUCAAAUUGGGAGUGCACUGUGUCACCGCGAAGAAAGUGGCAAUUAAAAUUAUCAACCGCGAGAAGCUCAGUGAAUCCGUGCUGAUGAAAGUGGAACGAGAAAUAGCUAUAAUGAAACUAAUUGACCACCCACACGUCCUUGGCCUGACGGAUGUGUAUGAAAAUCGGAAAUAUUUAUAUCUGGUGCUGGAGCACGUUUCCGGCGGCGAGCUGUUCGACUAUCUGGUGAAAAAGGGUCGACUCACGCCAAAGGAGGCACGGAAGUUCUUUCGGCAAAUCAUCUCCGCGCUGGAUUUCUGCCACUCGCAUUCAAUAUGCCAUCGAGAUCUGAAGCCGGAGAAUCUGCUGCUGGACGACAAGAACAACAUCAAAAUCGCCGACUUUGGGAUGGCUUCGUUGCAGCCGGCCGGAUCUAUGCUGGAAACGUCCUGCGGGUCGCCGCACUACGCCUGCCCGGAAGUGAUUCGGGGCGAAAAGUACGACGGCCGCCGCGCCGACGUGUGGUCCUGCGGCGUCAUCCUGUACGCGCUGCUCGUCGGCGCCCUGCCCUUCGACGACGACAACCUGCGCCAGCUGCUCGAGAAGGUGAAGCGGGGGGUGUUUCACAUCCCACACUUUGUCCCACCCGACUGCCAGAGCCUGCUCAAGGGCAUGAUCGAGGUGAACCCGGAGAAGCGACUGACGCUUUCCGAGAUCAACAAGCACCCCUGGGUAACCGCUGGCGGCAAGGGGGAGCUCGAGCUCGAACUGCCCAUGAUGGAGGUCGUCCAAACGCACGUGAUUCCGACGGCCUCGGCCGUGGACACGGAUGUGCUCAACGCAAUAUGCUCGCUCGGUUGUUUUAAGGAGAAGGACAAGCUGAUCCAGGAGCUGCUGAGUCCCAAUCACAACACCGAAAAGGUGAUCUACUUCCUGCUGCUGGAACGGAAACGACGACGUCCGGCGGUUGAGGAUGACGAAGACGUGCUCCGUCCCCGGAACGACAUAAUCGAGAUUGCCGAUCCACCCCGGAAACGACUGGACACAUGUCGGCUCAACGGUAGCAGUAGUCUUUCGUACGGCCAGAUCAGCGAGGGUUCCCCGUUGACGUCCAGGCGGCAAACGUUCAACAACGGUAGCCGUAGCCACAGUAGCACGAGGAGGUCGCCCUCGUCCGUGCCACUGUCCCGUAGCUCAUAUCAAAGUCCAACCCGAGGCGUCGUAGUCAACUCGGGUGCACCACUAUCACAACUCCACCCUCCAUCGUCACCAAACUCGGUAGUGAAUAGACAUGCCAACUACACUAGCAGUAGCCGGGACCGAAAGUCGCAGAUCAUCGAUCCAUCAUCGCCGGUGCACCACAGAGCCAACUCCGGUCCGGCGAUAACGGUUGGACUGUUUUCCGAGACGGACUCCAACAACAUGACAUCCUCGAUCAACGCAAUCCCCGGAUCGCCGAUUCUCGGCAGUCCACAGCUGGCCGGGGUCACCACCGGCAGUCAACUGUGGAAGACGCGGCUGACCAACAUCAAGAAUAGCUUUCUGGGCAGCCCCAAGUUCCACCGGAGGAAACUGCAGAUAUCCAAUGAAGAAGUGCAUCUUACGCCGGAAUCGUCGCCCGAGCUGACGAAAAAGUCCUGGUUCGGUAACUUGAUGACCACGGAAAAGGACGAAACUUUUACCGUACUCGUCAAGGGGAAACCCUUGGCGACGGUCAAAGCUCAUCUCAUCCAUGCCUUUUUGUCGAUGACCGAGUUAUCGCACAGCGUCCUCUCGCCGAUGUCGUUCCGCGUGGAGUACAAACGCGGCGGCACCGGGCCGACCAUGUUCCAGCGGCACGUCCGCAUCCAGGUGGACAUCAACACGAUCUGCAAGCAGGGCGACGUGAACGAUAUGCUGUUUGCCAUUACGUUCACCCUGAUCUCGGGCAACAUUCGGCGCUUCCGGCGGAUCUGCGAGCACAUCCAGGCGCAGGUCUGCUCCAAGCGGUACCCGGCGGCGAUGGCCAGCCCGACGAACCAGGCCCAGCGGGACAGGGAACGGGAACGGGAGCGGGAGCAGCACAACAACAAGGUUUCCACGACGUCCGUCGCCGAGAGCAUAUCGUGCGGGUCGGACUCGAGCGAUCGGGUCAACUACAACAAGCACGAAUCGGACAUCGAGCCGGAGACGUUCUACGACAACUCCAGCAUCGGCAAGGCACGGCGCUCUUCGGCAACGUCCUCCAACAAGAAUUCAGUGUCGUCCGACGAGAUUGAGAUCAAGACCGUGCGAUCGAGCUCCGAAUCGACGGAACGGGAACGCGAACGCAGCAACGAGCGGACGGCGGCAAUGUCCGGUAGUGCGCUAGUAUGAGAGUUAUUUCUCUGAUAGGAUUUACCGAACACCUUUCCCGUCGACGGUGACGAUUCGGUUGAGUCCCAGUCCAAGUUUGUGUCCCCUCGGCGCAUCCGGGGUGGAUCGCAACGUGCCAGAACCUCGUCACCGGCGGUGGUGGCGGCAGAUGCAGAAACUCUUACGCUAUCCGUAUCUACUGCUAGUACUGAUCUUAUUGCUCCUACCAGCGAUUCCACGCACCCUGUCAAACCUGGCGCAGCGAGUGUUGAAGCCGCGGGAACGACGACGACGACAACCCCGUCGGAACGAUCCGCUGCGUCCGGUGCGGCGACCGUCAUCUAGUCACACCAGAUAUACUACCGGGGGCGAGCAGCGACCUAGUCAAGUGAGGGCAAGAACUAACCGAUAAGGCUUAUUUUUUUCGUAAAAGAAAUACCAAAACGAGACAGCUAUACAUACUAAGCAUAACUAGCAAAGGAAAAACAAAACACACUAUUAUUAGAUAUUAUAUAAACCAGAAAGAGGAAAAACACAUCACAUUAUGAUUUGAGCGACUUAAUGAACCUAAAUCCGUUCCACGAUAAUAUGAUACACACCCUAAACAGUAGAAAAUCCCCUCCACGAAAUCAAUCACAGGAAAAAAGAAGAACCCCCGAGCGGAAUUGAUAAGACGAACGCAAAUGAUGAUCUCCCAAAAGUGAACACUGAACUAUCAGUCAAUUUGGCUUCAAAGCAGAACAGAACGCCGUGCGAAACGUUGUUGAAAAUCGAACUAUAGAAAUCUAAGACACACACUUUUUCAGCGCAAGAUCAAAAAUAAAAACCGAAAAUUCAAGACUAGAGUGAACCAAAAAAUUACUAAACAUAAAACAGGGUUUGGCUUGGUUUGGGUUUACCGAUGUAGAGAUCAGCAGCAGCAGCAGCAGUUAGUAUUGCGAGUGUGAGAAUUGGAAGCAGAAUUGGCAGCAGCAAUCCGGGAUUAGGAAGGAUCUAGUUGAAAUUUCCUUUUUUAAGAUUUACCCUAAAACAAUACUAGCCAAUUAAUGAAAUGAAAGAGAAAAAAAAUGAUACUCACACUCUAUCACGUAAAUACACUCACACACAAACACACCCGUGAAAUCGUGCAAAAAGCCAUUCGCCUACUUUGUGAAGAAACAGAAAGAAAGUGGUAGUCCGGCUUAUUAACCUUCAUUGUCAUGCACAGUAGAAAAAGUGUAAGUUAGGCAAGUUGAAAAUUUAAAAGUGUAAAUUGAUUUUUUUGUACGAAAUUUUAACUGAAUUAAUGUGUAAAAAAAUAAAUUUCAACAAAAAUUUAAUUUACAAUAUUUUGAGGUUAUAAAAAUACACUAACAACUAAUACUUUCAGCGAGGUGAUGUUGACUUUUUUCCUGUUGAAAAUUAUAUUUUCACACAUGAAUUUAUGUAAAAUUUACAACAAUUUACAUCUUAAAAUUUUCAAAUUGUAAUUCUACACUUUUUUUCACCGUGUUGUUUGAAUCAUAGAGAGAGGGCACUGAGAGUGUAGGAAGGCUGAAAACAUGAUCGUAGCUAGCUUUGGAAUCGAACGUGCCACGCACACUCAUACGCAUUUGAGAUAUUAGAAACAAUGGUCGAACUGGGAAUGUUAAAUUUUGGAUCAAUAUGAGACUUAUGCAAAAGUUUCCCAAAGUUGAUCAAAAUUUGAUAAACUCAGUUAGACCAACACACAUAGCCGCAUACACUAUUAAAUAUUUAAAUAGGAAAAGUAUAGAACAAACCAAAACAGAGACACACACAUACUCGUUCACACGCGCGUACACACAAACGGAAACAAUAGUCAAACAAGGCUACUUUUAGAACAAGCAAAAACAAAACCAACGUUGUUAAGCAGUAACUUUAUCGCCGAUUAUUUUAUCGACGAAAAUUAAUGAUAACUUAUUUCAAUUAGCUUUUGAAACUGAACUUCUGCAAACAAAAUGUUUUUGUAGCAAGUACUCUGAAAUUUAGCAAAAUAUGUUGUAUGGAUUUUCAAUUUUGGAUGGAUUUUCUAUUUACUAGAGUUUUUGCUGUAAAACAUGAACAUUUUAACUUCAAUUACCAUUUUUAUUUAAAUUGCAGUCAUUUUGAAAAAUAUAAAAUUUUCACAAAAUACAGUUUUUUUAAAUACUUAAAUUUUUCCAAAAUAUUAAAAAAAACGUAUUUUUGAAAACAUUUGAAUUCUUACAAAAUCAAACGCUUUUCGAAAAAAGUUAAAUUUUAUGACGAUGCGAAAUUUGGUAUGGAUUUGCGGCGUAAAAAAAAUUGGUUUGGAAAUUUGGUAUGUAAAAUCCGGUGUCAAGCAAGGAACACAGUGAAAAAUGUGUAAAUUUGGAAGGUGUAAUAUUACCUCUUUCAUGAUGUAACAUAACUUCAAUUUAAAAAAAGGAAAACACUGGAAUUGUGGUGAAUUUACACAUUUUUAUAGGCAAAUUUUUUUUUUCUGACAUAAAAGAUGAAUCCAUCCCCAAAUUAAUAUUACCAUAAUUUUUAGUUUAUUUUUUAGAUAUUUUUAUUACAAUAGUGCUUUCAGUGUAAAACACAGAAAUUUACACAAAAUACCGUUUUUUAAUACUGAAUUUUUCAUGAUCGAAGGAAUUGAAAAAAAAAUUAAAAAAUGCAAGGCAGAAAUUUCGCAUCGUUCGAUACCAAUAUUGCAAAUUAUUAAAAAAAAUGUUUUAUAAAAACGAUAACAUUUAAAAAAAUAUUUAAAGUCAGACCGGAUUUAGUUUGGUUGAGUUCAUUUAGAAAAGUUAAUUUAAAUAAUUUAUCCGUCGAUUAUCGACGAUAAAGUAAUCAUCCCGACGAUGGCGAUAACUUUAUCGGUAUCGAUCCUCGAAAACGUUAAACAACAUUGAAAAAAAAACCAAAUCAAAGUACGGCAUUUCAUUCUUCGGUUCUAAACAUAAUUCUAAUCGUACGGUGUACAUACUCGAUAAGGGGAAAAAAUCUAUAUAUUUGGGACAAACAAAACAUAAACUUCAGAUUUCACCAGAAUCGUCGCUAGCGACGGGGAAAUAGAGGACAACCAGCAGCAAGAUAUGCAAAAUGUGUAAGAGCUUCAACGUACUAAACCAAAAAAAAAAACAUGGCAGAAACAAAAACGAACAAAUUUUAUGUUGUGAACAAAAAAGAGAGCAAAAACGACUACACCAUAAUCGUAAAUCAAUCAUUAUCUAUCGCAGAACAUAAGAGUGGAAUUGCUUUUACCAACGUUUUAUUCAUUUUCUCCGCUAAACUUUGGAAAAUAUUUUUACCUUUAUUUCCAAGCUUAGAUGUCUUGUAUUAGUCGAGCAGAAAGAAAAAAAACGUAAUUAAAAGUAAACGAUGUGGGAGAAAAUCAAACAACUAAACGCUUAUUAGUUUUUACGCUGAGUGACUAAACAAACAGGCAUUGAUAAUGUCCGCUUAUCUAGAUAAAAAAGUAAACACAACCAAACCAAAAAAAAGUGGAAAAAAUAUACUCAUACAACAAAUCGAUAUGUUUCACGAGUAACUAAACAAGACAAAUAUUAUAACCAAAUAUCGCUUAGUUAGUAUAACUUUCUAUCUCAUCCGGAGGUGAAUCCACAACAUGCGAUUAGGAAAAAAACAACAAAACAACAAGAAAAGUAAUACAGUGCAAAUAUUUCACUGAACAAACAGCGAAAACCAUCACACCUUUAUGACAUUUUAUGUUGAAAACAAACAAAAACUACAACCUACUUGCGGAAGAAGAAUAAAAAAAUAACUCUAAGUAAAACCAUACAAAUAGUGCAGCAAAUAGCUAAAACCAAAACAAUACGCGUCGCGACAGCUUUGAAGUUAUUUUUUUGUAUACACACACAGUAGAGUUGAGAGAAGAAGGCAGAAACAACCUUGUGAGAGACCGCAAACAGAGGAGGUCAGAGCAGAUCAAAUUAUGAUAACACAAAUGUAAAAAACAAACAAACAAAGAAACUAUCUAAUUGUGCAACACUAAAACAUUAACAAACGCAAAGGACAAUGUAAAAAAAAAUGCUGCAAGUAAAGAACGAGAAAACGUGUG